UGCAAAUAAAGAAAAUCGAAACAACCGUUGACCUUAUGUUAUAAAACUCGACUAAUUUAAUUUAGUUGAUUGAUUAUUAAAAAAAAAAAUACAGUUCAUUUUAUUGUAUUGAUUCACUAUAAUAGCUUAUCAUAUCACUCAUGUGCAAGUUUGUGGUUAAUUAAAACUUCUCUAUUCAAAUGAUCAAAUCCUUCCCGGCUUUUUCUUACCAUUAUUCCAUUCCAUGCUAGGAUUGGCUGCUUCCUCUCAUUUUCUUCUUCAAGUUUUAUUAUUGGCAAGAAAAUGAAAAAGUUUUUCACAUUGACCAACUUUUACAUUCCGAAUAUAUCUCCUAAAACAUUCCAUUCAAGGGUCUCCAAUUUCUUUUCCUAUUGGUCACGAAUGGAAAGUUUAAUAGUAAUCAACAAAAUCAUAAAUACUCAUUAAAUAAUUGUUAUCACAGAAUCUCCAAAAUGAUAUUUGGACGAUAUUCAUGCAAUCACGUCCUAAUCUCCAAGUAUACACUUUCUCUAAUCUUACAUAAACAAAAAAUAAUAAAAUGAUUUGAAAGUCGGCAAUUUACUCCAAAUCCUCACUGUCAAAAAAUCAAAAGAUCCAUUUCUUGAUUCAAGAAAAUGACCGUCGAGAAACCAAAAGAAAUGACCGGCGAUACCAACUCCGGCGAAUUUGUAACUAACAAAGACGUCCACAGAAUAAAGCAUCUAUCGAUAGAUACCAACGAUAGUUCUUCGAGCCGAUACUCCGUCGAUUCUCAAAAACCAAGAAUCGGACCACCGCCUGGGACUUACAUCAUCAACCUCCCUAAGGAUCAGAUCUACCGCGUUCCCCCGCCGGAAAAUGCUCACCGUUACGAGUAUCUCUCUCGCCGGAAAACAAAUCAAUCGAAUUGCCGGCGAUGUUUCUGUCAUUUCCUCGCUGCUUUACUUAUCCUUCUCUUCCUCGCAGCUCUCGUCGUCGGAAUCCUUUACCUCGUUUACCAGCCGCAUAAGCCAAGAUUCUCCGUGAGUGGAGUCUCCGUCACCGGAAUCAAUCUGACGUCAUCUUCUCCAUUAUCUCCGGUGAUCGGAAUCAAGGUGCGAUCUCAGAACGUUAACGGUAAACUCGGUUUGAUCUACGAGAAAGGAAAUGAGGCUGACGUUUUUUACGGCGGAAUCAAACUUGGUAACGGUAAGUUCACGGCGUUUAAGCAGCCGGCGGAUAAUGUGACGGUGAUCGUGACGGUGUUAAAGGGAUCGAGUAUUCAGUUAACGAGCUCGUCGCGUAAAGAGUUAAAGGAAUCGCAUAAGAAAGGAAAAGUGCCGUUUGGUCUCAGAAUUAAAGCGCCGGUUAAGUUUAAGGUUGGCGCCGUUACGACGUGGACUAUGACCGUGACGGUGGAUUGCAAAAUAAAAGUGGACAAGUUAACGGCAUCAGCAACUGUGGUCACGGAAAACUGCGAUACGGGCUUGAGUCUGUUGUGAAUUUUGAGUUAGUUUUGUUUAUGCCAAUUGAUUGCCUUUUUCGGAGUUUGGUUCGGUUCGAAUUAUGUUAUUAUUAGUUUGUUUAAUUUAUUUUGAACUAAAAUUGAAAUUUGC